AUGAAGUUUUUUCAGUUAAUAACUUUCUUGCUAACAUUUGCUUUAAUUGAGGCUUCUGGCCGUAAACCGAGAAAGUACUCCAAAUUGGAUACUGCCAUGCAAGCAUGUAACGUUUAUAUUGGUAAAUAUGGUACUGUGUGUGCAUCCAGUGGGAAAAAAAAGUCGAUCAAUUGGAAGUGUUACUGUAAUCAAGACCCUGGUUUUGGAACAAUAUCCGAUUGUUUAGUUCGUGGUUAUAAUAAUGAUACCUCAAUUAUUGACAAGUUUGUUGACAAAUGUAAUAUGACUGAAUCAAAAUUCUAUGAAAAAUACGACAGAAUCCAGAAAGAGUUUAAAACCAAUGGUACUCAUUAUGCCAAUAAAACGUCAAAGACCAAAACAAGUUCUGCUAGCAAAACCCUGUCUACGAAAGCAUCAGGAACUGCAAGUGUAUCCUCCAGCACAGGUAAAGCUAGUCUGAGCACCCAAAAGGUUUCACCAACACCAUUAUUGAUCAAUUACAAAACGUUCACACCAUACAAGAAUGCAUAUGCCAUGUCGUAUAAUAACUAUAACAUUUCCAUCUACUAUGGUGCUGGUUUACUAGGAUAUUGGGCUGGUAUUUUUGUUAUUGCCAUAUUAGCAAACUUGUUUAGAAAAAUGUUCCCUCGCUUAACCAACUACUGUACUGGUGCAGUUUCAAAUGCUUUCAGGAAAUAUAUUUUGUUGCCAGCUACUUUUGGCAAAAAGAAGGCACAACCACUUUCAUUUGGUUUUGGUGGAUUCUUCGAUGGUCUUGUCCCUACUAGAUUAGAAUCAUUAAUUAUUACCGUGUUUGUGUUGUUAACUGGAUUCUUGAGUGCAUUACACAUUCAUCACGUCAAAGAUAAUCCACAAUAUGCUACUAAGAAUGCUGAAUUGGGCCAUUUGAUUGCAGACAGAACCGGUAUUUUAUCAGCAUUCUUAAUUCCAUUAUUAAUUUUAUUUGGUGGUAGAAACAACUUCUUGCAAUGGUUGACUGGCUGGGAUUUUGCAACUUUUAUUAUGUAUCACAGAUGGAUUUCUCGUAUUGAUGUGUUGUUAAUCAUUGUCCACGCCAUUACAUUUACCGUUUCUGACAAAGCCACUGGUAAAUAUAAUACUCGUAUGAAACGUGACUUUAUGAUUUGGGGUGUUGUCGCUACCAUUUGUGCUGGUUUCAUAUUGCUUCAGGCAAUGUUAUUCUUCAGAAGAAGAUGCUAUGAAGUUUUCUUCUGCAUUCAUAUUGUCUUAGUUGUUUUUUUUGUUGUUGGUGGGUUCCAUCAUUUAGACGACCAAGGGUAUGGUGACUUUAUGUGGGCUGCUAUUGCAGUCUGGGUAUUUGAUCGAGCUGUUCGUUUGGGCAGAAUAUUUUUCUUUGGAGUCAGAAAGGCUACUGUUUCCAUUAAAGGUGGAGAAACAUUGAAGAUAGAAGUUCCCAAACCAAAAUAUUGGAAAUCGAUUGCUGGUGGACAUGCAUUCAUCCAAUUUUUAAGACCAACAGUAUUUUUACAAAGUCACCCAUUCACUUUUACUACUACUGAAUCAGAAGAUAAAAUUGUAUUCUAUGCAAAAAUCAAGAAUGGUAUCACUGAAAACAUUUCCAAAUACUUGUCACGUUUGCCAGGCAACACAGCUACCAUCAGGGUGUUGGUAGAAGGUCCAUAUGGCGAGCCAAGUGGAGCUGGUCGUAAUUGCAAAAACGUCGUUUUCAUUGCUGGUGGUAAUGGUAUUCCAGGUAUUUACUCUGAAUGUGUUGAUUUAGCCAAGAAAUCAAAGAACCAGUCAAUCAAGUUGGUUUGGAUUAUAAGACACUGGAAGUCUUUGAGUUGGUUUACGGAAGAGUUAGAGUACUUGAAGAAAACAAGUGUUCAAACCACAGUAUAUGUCACUCAACCUCAAGAUUACAAUGGCAUGAAAUCUUUUGAACAAGACUCAAAUUCUGAAAAGAAAUCAGAUGAGAAAGAUUCAGUUGAAUCACCUCAAAACUCUUUUGUUUCAAAAAUCAAACAAGACUUGUCACAUGUUGAGUUUAUCGAAGGACGUCCAAACAUUGUUGAACAAGUUGAACAAGAAAUCAAGGAAACAGACGGUGCACUUGGGUUCGUUACGUGUGGACAUCCUGCCAUGGUUGAUGAAUUGAGGUCUGCUGUAACCAAGAACUUGAAUGCAUCGAAACAUAGAGUUGAAUUCCAUGAACAAUUACAAACAUGGGCUUAA